GUUUUAUAAAGACUUUGAGACAAUGUCGGGAGUUCCAGGUUUGAGUUUUCUAGGCCCAAAAAGCAAGAACGCGGUUGUAGCGGGAGGCUUGACUGCCUUUGUAUUCGGGGUAUAUUUCUACACAAUGAAGGCCGUUGGUGGCACGGACGAGCUUCAGAUGGCUAUAGACAAGUUUGAAGACAAGAAACAGGUUGAGACCGACCCCAAGGUUCCAUCAAAGGCCUGAUUAUCUUCAGUUAGCUUGAUAUGUAUCAACAAAACCCAUCGUUUUAUCUUUGUGUUCCAAAGUUAUUACUUUACAAGACUGGCUCGUUUCUGGCGCAUCUCUAUCCUUAAUACAAUGGCUAAAGAAGAGAAUGUCUGAUUAGGACUUUGUUUUGAUGUACUUGAUAUUGUGUUAACUUUUCAAAUUUAUAAUAAUCUUGUACCUAAA